CAGGCCAAAUGUCCAAGGAAGUACACUUUUCAGUGCUGCCACUUUUUUCAAAAUUUGCUUCAUCUGUCCUCUCGUUUCAGAGUUGUAUUUUGGUAUUUAGCUAGCUAACUUCUCAAGCGUCUUUUAAUAGCAAAUAAACGAUACACACGGACAUGUUGUUGCAGAGGUUCCGUUUUCUAAGAUCGGUGGCUUCUCUGACAACGAGGGCGUUCUCCCUGGGCCCUGUAUCUCUGCAGGGGAAGGCCCCGGACAUGUCUGAGGGGAAUGCUCACUUGCUAGUGUCAAAUGGUGUGUGUGUUGUGCGCAACCGGCUGAGGGAGAUUGUGGGAGCAUCCACUAACUGGAGGGACCACCAGCAGGCGUUAGCUGACCGUUUGUCGUUGUCCAAUCAGCUUGCUGGUUCUCAAGAUGAGCUUCCUGUCCGCAGGAUGAAGGACAGCUACAUAGAGGUCCACCUUCCCCUGGGCACAGACCCUACCCUUAGAGAGAAAUACCUUAACUACCACAAAGGUGUCAGGUUUGGCCGUAUCCUGGAGGAUCUGGACAGUCUAGCAGUGUUGAUCUGUUACUCUCACACCCAUAACAAGGCACUUCAGAGAUCUCCUCUGUCCAUCGUCACUGCCCUGGUGGACAAGAUAGACAUGAGGAAACAAGUCAUACACCCUGACUGUGACAUCAAGUUCACUGGUCACGUGACCUGGGUGGGGAAGACCUCCAUCGAAGCCAAGAUGCACAUGUCUCAGUACCAUGAUGGGGCCUACACUCCAGUUCUGGAUGCUACGUUUGUUAUGGUGGCCAGAGACCCUGAGAACAAGAGGGCAGCGUUUGUUAAUCCUCUGAAACCAGAGGGGCCUGAAGAGGAGGAACUGUUUCAGCAGGGAGAGAUCAAUAAGACGCGUCGUAUAGAGCUGAGUACAGCGUCUCUACUGAAGGUGGCCCCUACUGCUGAGGAGAGGAAGAUCGUACACAGCCUGUUCCUCAACACCCUGGACACCAAGACAGUGAGUUUCCGUAGCAGAGUUCUGCCUCCUAACUCCGUAUGGAUGGAGGACGCCAAAGUCAAAGGAUUGGAGAUCUGCCAUCCACAGGAGAGGAAUAUCUUUAACAGGAUCUUUGGAGGGUUUCUGAUGAGGAAAGCUUACGAGUUGGGCUGGGCUAACGCAUGUGCCUACGGGGGGUGUCGGCCUAACCUGGUUGCCGUGGACGAUAUCCUCUUCCAGAAGCCUGUAGAGAUUGGCUCCUUGUUACUGCUCUCAUCACAGGUGUGUUACACAGAGGGGAACUACAUCCAGGUCAGAGUUCAUACAGAGGUUCUUGACCCCCUGACCCGGCAUCACAACACCACUAACGUCUUCCACUUCACCUUCGUCACAGACAAAGACGUCCCCAACAUAGUACCGCAGAGCUACGGAGAGUCCAUGUUGUACCUGGAUGGGAAGAGACACUUUAACCAGACCCUGGAGUCUCAGUGAGACAAGAUGAACCCUGACCCAACACAACAACUGCCUGCCAAAGCCCUAGUGUCCAGCCACCCCAACCGCCAUCCUUACUGUACGCUGUGUGUGUGUGUGUAUUUGCAUGAACAAUAUGUCUUCAUUUGUUUCUCACUAUGUACUAUAUACACUUAGUGACAGUUUAUUACGUACACCCAUCUAGUACUGGGUCGGACCCCCCUCUGCCUCCAGAACAGCCUGAGUUCUUCAGGGCAUGGAAACGUUUCUCAAUUGGUAUCAAGGAAACUAACGUGUGCCAGGAAAACAUUCCACACACCAUUACACUUCGCAACCAGCCUGUACUGUUGACAUCAGGCCGGAUGGGUCCAUGGAAUGAUGCUGCUCACGCCAAAUUUUGACUCUACCAUCAGCAUGAUUCGUCGGACCAGUCAAUUCCUCAAUUGUCCAGUGUUAUUGAUCUUGUGCCCAUUGGAGCCGCUUCUUCUUGUUUUUAGUUGAUAGGAGUGGAACCCGGUGUGGUCGACUGCUGUAGUAGCCCACCUGUGACAAGGACCGCCAAGUUGUGCGUUCCAAGAUGCCGUUCUGCAGACCAAUGUUGUACUGCGUUAUUAUUUUCCUGUUUGUGGCCCGCUUGUUAGAGUCUUGCCAUUCUCCUUUGACCUCUCAACGAGGUGUUUUCACCCACAGGACUGCUGCUGACUGGAUGUUUUUUUGUUUGUUGCACCAUUCUCAGGAAACCCUAGGCAAUGUCAUGCAUGAAAAGCCCAGGAGGCCGCAGUUUCUGAGAUACUGGAACCGGAGCGCCUGGCACUGACAAUUAAACCACACUCAAAGUUGCUUAGGUCACUCGUUUUGCCCAUUCUAAUGUUCAAUCGAAACAGUAGCGGGAUGCCUGUUUGCCUGCUUUAUAUAGCAAGCCUCACACGAUACAAACGCUUACUUCAAAUAGCGCUCCUUAAGCCACGCCCCCAGUGGGCAGAGCUCAGCAUGUUGCACAGGGACACGGUUAUUAUAAAAAGGAAUAUGAUAAAAAAAGACUCACUUUACUAUGGGUCCGCUGUGGUUCUGUGUAGCAGUUAAUUUCGUCUUUAACAUUAAGUCAAAUAUAUUUGAGUAGUGAACAGGAAAACAAUGAGUCCCAGACAAUUCACAAUAGAACAUACCAGGGGGGGGCAUCAUUUACUGCCUAAAUUAUUGGGAUCAUCUGGUUACCAUCUGCGUUUGGAAUACAUUAGAAAUACAGAUACAGGAUAAUUAAAUGACGUUUUCUUUGAAAAGAUGGGUUUGGUUGAGAAUAGAACAUUCUGUUUUCUGCCUGGAGUGUUGCGCUGUUUGGCCCAAUUUGCUCUACUAUUUUUACUGCCAAUGGCAUUAAAACAAAGCAUGGAUGUCCAUGUAUACUGAUGAUUCAAUCAUAUAUGUACGCAUCAGCAACCACAGCUAAUGAAGUCACUGAAACCCUUAACAAAGAGUUGCAGUCUGUUUUGGAAUGGGUGGCCAGUUAUAAACUGGUCCUGAACAUCUCUAAAACUAAGAGCAUUGUAUUUGUUACAAAUCAUUCCAUAAGUUCUAGACCUCAGCUGAAUCUGGUAAUGAAUGGUGUGGCUGUUGGAACAAGUUGAGGAGACUAAAUGACUUGGUGUUACCAUAGAUUGUAAACCGUCGUGGUCAAAAGAUAUAUUCAAUGGUUGUAAAGAUAAAGGGAGGUCUGUCCGUAAUAAAGAUAACUGCUUUUUUGAAACCGCAAUCCACAAAGCAAGUCCUGCAGGCCCUAGUUUAAUCUUAUUGUCAUUAUUGUCCAUUUAUAUGAUCAAGUGCUGCAAAGAAAGACCUAGUUCAGAUGCAGCUGGCCCAGAACAAAGCGGCACGUCUUGCUUCAUUGUAAUCCGAGGGCAAAGAUUCAUAUUAUGCAUGCCAGUCUUUCUUGGCUGAGAGUUGAAGAUAGUUUGAGAAACAUUAAUUUGUUGGAAAUUCCAAAUAGUUUGCGUAGUCAACUUACACAUAUUUACCCCACCAGAUAUGCCACCAGGGGUGUUUUCACAGUGCCCAGGUCCAGAACAAAUUCAAGUAAACAUACAUCAUUAUACAGAGACAUGAGUGCAUGGAACUCCCUUCCAUCUUAUAUAGUGCAAGUGAACAGCAAAGAUGUUUUCAAAAAACAAAACAACCCCUGAUGGGACAACGCACCCCCCCAUGUAACCUUGUUGUGUGCAUGUACUGACAUGUAUGUGGAACUGAUAGAUGCACACACACUACAUGUUAAUGUAUGUUGUCUUUUGUCGGUUAAUGGGGAUUCUAAUAAAUCAAAUAUCCAUCCCUUUAGUUAAUCAAAUGAAGGGGAGAGGCUGUGACUAUAAUUGAUGCAGUAAAUUACUUUCUGUCAAUUACUUUAUUUGAUAAAACUUUCAUUGUGUA